AUGGACACGGGGAGGGGCGCGGGGCGGUCGGCCGCGCGCGCUCCGAGGCUCAGUGCGCGCGGGGUGGCGGGCUGCGACACCGCCUCUACGCAGCCCGCUUACGGAACUUCCGAGUGCAGUGCAAAUGCUUGUGUUUUUAUGGCGUUCAUAUUACUACGACUGUUGGUGCUGGGUGUGAUCGCGGCGGCGGCCGACGAUGAUCAUAUAACGUGGCUGACGCCACCCCGCGGCGCGGUGCCUUGCGUGGUGGCGGCGGCGGAGCGGCUGCAGUGGCGGCGGCCUCCUCCACCCUUGGAGGAAGACAGGCCGAGGGCGAAGCCCUACCGGCGGAGGGGCGAGGAGGAACUAAAGAGAUUAACAGAUGGCGUGGAGGUGACUCGCAAGAGGAACGGCACCGAGGGUGUGUACCAGUGCGCGGUGCCGCACCAGAAGGGGGUCGUGCUCGGCUACCCUCAAAGAUGGAAGUUUGCUUCCAUGGACAAGCAGUUCUCUCGUCACCCUCAGAACGGCACGGCGAGGGCAGGCCAGCCGUACGCGCUGUCGUGCGAGGUGGCGUCUUCGCCUGCCGCCACCGUCUCCUGGCUGAGGGACGGCCAAAGCUUGUCUCAUGAUGACAGAUACAUUUUCCUGAACAACCAGCUGCUUUUCACACAAAUAAGAAAAGAAGAUGCUGGUGUGUACAAAUGUGUAGCAACAAAUACGUACCUGAACAAGAACCGCAUCAGCGACUCCGCGUGGCUGAGGGUGGAAGACCCGGUGGAUGAGGAGCCGGCUCUGCUGGACAUCCAGGGUGGAGUCAAUAUCACAGCGGCGAGGCACAGUCGAGUCCGGCUGCUGUGUCUUGUCACUGGCUGGCCUAGACCUAAGAUAACAUGGGAAAUAACGGACUCCACGGGGCGGACGGCCACCAUGGAGUACACGGAGGAGAUCGUGGACCUCACCAGCCUGGAGCUCGACCUGGAGGGCGUCUACAAGUGCUCCGUCGACGGGUACACGCACGUUUAUAAGACAUUCAACGUGACCAUGACAGAACCGGUCACCAUAACCCUACCCCCGGUGUCCAAGGAGGUGAUCCGGGCGAGCACCGUCCGGUUCAACUGCACCGCGACCGGACGGCCGGCCCCCACCGUGACGUGGUACAAGGAUGGACAGCCACUAGUCCUUGGCGGACGGUUCAAUCUUCGCUCUGCUAAUUUUGGGUCCCGAUACGAGCUGGUCAUUGGCGGUGUUACAUCUGCUGAUGCAGGCAUAUACCAGUGCUUCGCAAGCAGCCUCGGCUCAAUAGCAUCAGGCUGGGCGUCGCUGGGCGUGGGCGGGGCCAGCGCCGCCGCGCCCUCCGGCGUCAGGUGCUGGCCGCUGGCUGCCAGGGUCGUGCUGAUCCGCUGGGAGCGACCCAUGGGGGACGUCAUGGCGUACACCGUGCAGACCACGUUGCCUGCGUAUCCAGGGCAGCCUCAUUCAAAUACUGAAGAAACAAUAACAGUCAGUGAGCCUCUCACUCCCUACGGUUUCCAGGUCCGAGCCUACAUCAAGGGGACCGGCAAGAACAUAGCUAGCGACAUGUCGGAGCCACCGAUCGUCUGCCAGGGACAAGGAGUCCCGGUCCAAAUAUCGAAGAAAGGCGAGGACUCUGUCCUGGUCUCCUGGAAGGAGUUCGCGCAGGAGACUCCAGGAGUUGUCCAGUGGAUGCUGCAGUACCGCCGCGACAACUCCUCGCAAGAGACCAACGUCACGUUGCCUGAGAACGUGCACAGCUACACUUUGCCAGCGUCUGCAGCCGCGCCAUUAGAAGUCCGCGUGCUGGGCUCGCGCUCUGAAGAGUGGCUGCCUCUGAACCUGACGCUGCUGCCGUGGAGCCCCACGGCCGGCCGCGACGACGUCGGGUGA